AUGGCACCUCCUAAAAAGUCCGUUAAGAUGGAUCUUUCCUCGUUCUUGAACGACGAAUCGUUCGGUGAAUCGUGGGCCGAAGAAGAAGUUGAUUUGGAAAAAAUCAACAUUCCAACUCAAUCGUCAAGAUUGGGAAGCAAACCCGGACUGGACUCGUUUGGUAGCAGCGGUCUAGGCGGUCUUGGUGGUGGGAAAGGCUCUCGUUUGGACCCAGCAUUGGGCACGUCUGAAAGAUCUGACAGAGUGCAAUACGAUAUCCCCAAUUACCCACCUUACAGAGCCGUUAUCAACAACUUGCCGUGGGACGUGUCUGAAGAGGGUAUCAAGGCAUGGGUGGAAGACGGUUUGAACCGUCCGGGCGCUGUGGAGGACUUGGCAGCUCCUAAGGAUUACAACGAACCAUCGAGACUGAAGGGUUUCGCAUUCGUCACUCUUUGCGAUCGUGAGGCUCUGGAGGCGGCUUUAAAGUUCAACGCCACCAAGCUGAACGAACGUACCGUGUACGUUUCCGUUGCCGCCCCCAACAAGGGUGGGUUCAGAGGUGGUGACAGAGGCGGUUUCGACGACAUGGAUUGGGGUGCCGCUAGAGGCUCUGCUUUCCAAGGGUCUUCCAGAAGAGAAGAGCCCGAUUUGGACUGGGGCGUCGCCAGAGGCUCUGGUUUCCAAGGUUCCAGCGACAGAAGACCACCAAGAGAAGAAGAAGUAAACUUGGACUGGGGCGUUGCUAGAGGCUCUGGUUUCCAAGCUUCCAGCGAAAGAAGACCAAGAGAAGAACCAAACCUCGACUGGGGUGAAGCCAGAGGAUCUGGUUUCCAGGCUUCGAGUGAAAGAAAACCAAGAGCUGAAGAACCUAAUCUGGACUGGGGCAGUGCUAGAGGCUCCGGUUACCAGCUUCCUAAAGACAGAAAGCCAAGAAGAGAAGAACCAGAUCUAGAUUGGGGUUCUGCCAGAGGUACGCAUUUCCAAGAAAGACCCGCCAGAACGGAAAGAAAGCCUAGAAAUGAACCAGAACUAAACUGGGACGGAGCUAGAGGCUCGAACUUUGGUCAAUCGCGUUCUAACUCUAAGCCCACCGGUGCUAAAUCAAACGCUAAGAACACCUCGUCCACUGCUAAGGUCCAAGAGGGUCCAAAAAUUCAAAAGUCAGCCUACGAUGUUCUUGCAACAGAGGACGAUGAUGAAGGAGAAGAAGAAGAACGUACGGAGGCGGCACCUGCUCCAAAGGCUUCUGAAAAAGAAAUAUCUGUCGAAGACGUAACCAAGUCCACCGCUAAUCUGUCGGUUGCUGGUGACGAUGAUCAAGAAUGGGAAACUGUUGGCAAGAACUAA